CUUUUAUAGUUGUCAUCAAUCAUCAUCCUAUUUAAAUAAUACCCUCCUCUCUCUUGUUCACUCAUCCAUCCAUCCAUCCAUCCAUACAUACAUACAUUCAUUCCAGAUUCAACAUCUAACUAUGGUAUUGGUAAUGGCAGACAACACAAAACAAAGGUAUGCUGUUGUAACAGGUUCUAAUAAAGGGAUAGGAUUUGAGACUGUGAAACGGUUGGCCUCUAAUGGAAUCAAGGUGGUGCUCACAGCCAGAGAUGAGAAGAGAGGGAUUCAAGCUGUUGAGAGAUUGAAAAGCUGUGGUUUCUCCUCUAGCCUUGUGGUUUUUCACCAGCUUGAUGUCACUGACCCUGCUAGUAUUGCAUCCUUGGUUGAUUUUGUGAAGACUCAAUUCGGGAGACUUGAUAUCUUGGUGAACAAUGCAGGAAUCAAUGGGUUCAACACACAUGAUAUGGUGGGACAAACAAUCAAAUGGAGGGAACUGCCUCAAACUUAUGAAAUGGCUGAAAACUGCCUAACAACAAAUUACUAUGGUGUUCAACAAACAACUGAGGCUUUUCUUCCUCUUCUUAAGUUAUCCGGCUCACCCGUGAUUGUUAAUGUUUCCUCUGAAGCAGGGCUACUAAAGUAUAUAUCAAACGAAUGGGCUAAGAGGGUGCUUGAAGAUACUGAAUUUCUUACAGAAGAGCUAAUAGAUGAGGUAUUAAAGGUGUAUAUGAAAGACUUCAAGCAUGGCUCACUAGAACAUAAGGGCUGGCCAACCUACCUGUCUGCUUAUAAGCUCUCAAAAGCAGCUGUGAACACCUACACAAGGCUUAUGGCCUAUAAGCAUCCAAAAUUGUGCAUUAACUGUGUUUGCCCUGGUUUUGUCAAAACAGACAUGAACAGAAACACAGGAAGCUUAUCUGUAGAAACAGGUGCUGCUAGUGUUGUGAGAUUAGCACUGUUGCCAAAUGGUUCCCCUUCUGGAUACUUCUUUGCUAGCCAAGAUGUGUCUAGCUUUUGAGUGAUUUUUAGAGUAUUUCCAUUCUUACUGAUCACAUAGAGGAAAAAAAUGAAAGGAUGUGUGUCUUGUCUUGUACAUAAUUUUUACCCAUCAUUCUAUUUUUGCGACAUAAUGAAAGGAGGGGAAUAAUACGUCUUA